AUGAUAAAAUCAACAAAACAAAUUCUUUUAACUCAAUCAUUAUUAUUAUUUUUUUUGAUCGUAAAUUCAUUAUUGAUCGACGCCAAUGAAAUAAAUUAUUUGAAACCAUUGGAAUUUGAACGCGACAAUCCAAGAGUUAGGAAUAUCAUUGCAGGAUCAUUUAUUGGGGGAUGGAGUCAUUUAAGACCAUUACUAGAAAUAUCCAAUAUUUUAGUCAAACGUGGCUAUAAUGUCACGUUAGUUUCACCGGAAGAUUAUUCACCAAAGCCUGAAUAUGAAAAAAUUAAACACUAUUCUACAGGAAAAAAAUUUGUUGCAAGCGAAAUUGAUGCUUUUAAAAAAACGUUUUACACUAGAACAUCUGCCUUUGAUAUAUUUCCCAGCUUGAUUAAGCUGCAAAUUGAUAGAUAUUCAGAACAUUUGAAAGUUUAUGAAAGAGUGUCCAAUGAAGUGAACCCGGACUUGUUUUUGUGUGAUUUUGGAAAUAAUGAAGUGUGUUUUGAUGUGGCCUUGAAAUUGGGCAAACCAGCGGUUUCUGUGACAAGCUUUCUACUCGCAAUUCAGCAAGCACCCUAUCUAUCCGAUCCGGUCCAUGGUUGUAGUAUAAAUAUGGAAAAUGAAUCAUUUUUAGAAAGGUUAAAAUGUUUCGUAUUCCCAAAAAUCAAAAUGUAUCAAGCAUAUAAAACUAUCUCUUCAGAAAUGAAUGAAAAGAGAGCAGAAUCAGGUAUUCCCGAUGUUAAUGUAUUUGAAAGAUACGCGAAUAUUUUGUUUUUGAUUGAUGGAUUUUUUGGAUUUGAAGUUCCAUCAAAAUUAGCACCAAUUCAUCAGUUAAUCGGACCUAUAAUGUCAGAUACUUAUCCACCAUUAGCACCAGAAACAGAAAAAUUUCUAAAAGAACAUCCACGUACAAUGUUCGUAGCACUCGGCACAGUGGUACUUACUUCAAAAAAAACCAAUGGAAUAUUAUUGCAAUCAUUUCUUGAAGCAGUGGAGAAUAAUGUAGUUGAUGGUGUGAUUUGGGGAUUGUCAAAAGUAAAAGUUGAUUCCAUACCUGAAACCAUAACUUUAUCGAGCGGCAAAGUGUUCAACACAACAGAUAUAAUCAACAACAAACAUCCAAACAUUCAAAUUUUAUCAUUUGCACCACAAUUUUCAAUUUUGGCACAUGACAAUUGUAAAGUGUUUUUAAGUCACGUUGGGCAAAGCAGUAGCAAUGAAGCAAUGUAUAACGGUAAGCCUAUAUUGGCAUUGCCCAUUGCUUUUGAUCAAUAUGGAAAUGCAGAGAAAUUGAAAACGUUUGCUGGAACUGCUUUAACUUUAGAUAAAAUAGAUUUAACUGUUGAAGAAGUUUUAAUAAAGAUUCAAAGAUUGUUAACUGAAGAAAAAUUCAAGAUAAAUGCCGAAAAAAUGAAAUUAUUGGCAAGAAUUAACAGUAAAGGAAAAUAUAAAGCUGCCGAUUUGAUUGAAUUUGCAAUCCAUUCAAAUGAAUUAAAUCAAAAACUAAACAGCGUCAACAAUGAUAGUUUAAGUUUAAGUUUAAGAGAUGGUCAAUAUUUAAAUCAAUUUAUUUCGCCUGACACAAGAAUGGGAUUUAUCAGAGGAAAUUAUUUCGAUGUUUAUCUGACUUUGCUUGUAAUAACAUUAGUCAGUCUUGUAAUUAGUAUUUUCUUAAUUUAUAAGUUAGCUCGCUGGAUUUAUAUUAAAGAUUUAUUCAAUCUAGCGAAAAAUAAACGGAAAAGUGAAUAA